GCUGCGCAUGCGCACUGUAGGGGAAAAAAAAGAAAGGAGAGGGUUUUGAGGUCGAAUAGGAAAGGCUUUAAAAUUCAAUUUCGCAACUGAAAAUGCCAGAUGAUUAUGAUAAAGACGCGUAUCCUGAGCCCCCACGGCGGACUCCGGUUGUAGAUAAACAGACUGUUCUUCCAAACCCGGUUUUAAUCGCAUCGAAGCUUUUCUAUUACUCUGUGGAUCUCCCUGUGACUGCAUUCAGGAAUGCUCUAGAAAGCCUUCAGCCCCAAAACAAACUCCACUACUACCACCAGAAGUUUCGCCGUGUCCCAGAGCUGACUGAGUGCCAAGAAGGCGAUUAUGUUUGUUAUUAUGAAGCAGAAAUGCAGUGGAGACGAGAUCACAAGGUGGACCAGGAGAUUGUGAAAAUCAUCGAGCAGCGUGUCCGUGCCUGUCAGCAGCGCGAGGGGCCCAGCUACAAGCAGAACUGUGGCAAGGAGCUGCAGCAGUUUAAAGAGGUCUCCAGGGCUUACCAGUCACGCUAUGGUGAUCUCGGUGCAUAUGCCAGUGCAAGAAAAUGCUUGAUGAAGCAGAAGGAGAGGAUGAUGAAACAGGCAGAGGAAGCAUAAACUUGUGUGCACCUCCACUUUGUAUAAAUGUGUAAAAUAAAUACAUUUACUGAAAUUA